AUGUUUAGGCUUUUAACCUCCAGAAUAGCUACGCCCCCUAGAGCUUAUGGGUUCGUGAACACUAGAUUUAUGUCUAACGAGAUCAAGGAUGCCAUUCAAAAAGCCAUCGACAGCUCCAAGGUUGUUUUGUUCAUGAAAGGUACUCCCGAAUUCCCGCAGUGUGGAUUCUCCAGAGCAACAAUCCAAAUUUUGGGUCAACAAGGGGUAGACCCCAACAAGUUCGCUGCCUAUAACGUGUUGGAGGACUCUGAGUUAAGAGAUGGAAUUAAAGAAUUUAGUUCUUGGCCAACAAUCCCCCAAUUAUAUGUGGACAAGGAGUUUAUUGGAGGAUGUGAUAUUAUCAUGAGUAUGGCACAAAGUGGCGAAUUGGCCGAAUUGUUGGAGAAGACCGAUUGCUUAGUGCCUGAAGAAGAUGACGGUGAGUUGGACAUCAAACCUGCCGAAAGGGGUUAG